AUGGCAGUUUCAAAGAAUAUUUUGGCAAUUCUUUUGCUGUCCGUGUUAUUAUACGCUGCUUUGGGGGAAGCCAAUUAUACCGUCAAACUGAUUGCUGGUGCCUUGGUGAACAAGGAUAAACCAGACGAAAUCUUUCGAAAUCUCACAUCCUCUCCUUAUUCCGCACUCGUCCCCGCGAUGGAUCAUAUUGAUAUCAAAUACACUUUUUAUUCGGAAUUUCCAACACAAGAAUUGGGUCUCGUUCUUUUUGUCUUCUUUACAGACGAGGAGAACAACCAAUUUAGAGGUGUUGGAUUUAAUGACACGGUUACCGUCGUCGAACCGGAACAAUCCUUGUUUGAUCUGCAACUUCUCUUCUUAUAUGUCAUACUUUCCGGGAUCAUUUUUGGAAUCGGCUACAUGAUCUUCCAAGCAUUCUUUGGAGGGACGAGGCCCAGAAAAGGCAGAAAGCGACCUCCUGUUAGUAAACCCGAGGACCAGGCCACCGGUGCAAGCUCAUCAUCAGAUUUGAAAUACGAUGAAAGUUGGAUCCCCGAGCAUAAUUUGAGAUCUCCCGCCGCUAGAAAUAGUUCACGUAUCAAGAAGAAAACUGAAAAG